AUGGCAUGUUUCAGGACUUUUAGUGCCGAAGAAGUGUUUUACAGGACUGAAAAAUGGUUAACUCAAGAUCUGCGACGGACACGAGAACUACAGGGAAACAGUGAAAGAAAUAACACUUAUCCAUUGGAAACCAAUUUUAACUCUGAAGAUCAGGAGGACUUAGUGCCUUGGCGUGUUAGGCCAAAUCCAAGACAAUCUUUGAAUCUUUCAUUAGAAGGACAGUCAGGAAUUAAUAUGUAUUUUCUUAGGAUACAAAAUUGUUGGGUUUUUAAUUGUAGUCCCUUAUUAUUAAAACAAGAGGAAGAUGAUCAUUUUUUGCCCUCCCAAUUUAAUUCCAAUAAAAGACUUAUUUAUGGUUCAGUACCUAUUGACCCUCAUUCCUCCAAUUUUACAUCUAUCCCAACAUCUUCUGUUGCUUCCCCAUCAUUUGACAUUCCCAUGGAGGUUUCUGAUUGUGUCCCCCAAUUAAAUAUUAGUAAUCCCUCAUCUCCAAACUUAUCUGUAGAUGAGAUCCAAUUAAAUAUUAGUAAUCCCUCAUCUCCAAACUUAUCUCCAGUAGAUGAUUUCUCUGAUUCUGAGCUUAACACUUUGCCAUUUCCCAUUUUAAUUGAAUCUUCUUCCUCCGAUUCUGAAUCCCCCAAAAAUCCCCAACCCAGUAAAUCCAAUAAAACUGAAACCGAAAAGCAGCUUUAUCGGUUGCAUAGGAAUACAAUGUCCAGAGUUUCUAAAUUAAAGGCGCGUUGUAAUAGACAAAAAACCGAUUUAACGAACCUUCGCGAUUUGUAUAAGAGCGGGGACUUGGAAAACAUACGAAACGCUUCGCGUAAACCCAGAGGAAGGUGCUGGAGCGAUGAUGAUAAGGCAUUUGCACUUUCGAUGUAUAAACGAAGUGGAAAACUUUAUCGUUAUUUAUCCACGCAUUUUUCUUUACCGUCCAUUCCGACUUUAAAAAAUCUUUUGGGUAAAAUCCAGUUAAGUACGGGAAUAAAUGAAUUGUAUUUAGAACAUUUAAAAUUAAUUGAAAUUUGCGGGUUCGUGGAUUUAGGUCAUCUCGGGCGUACUGCAGAACGGGCGGAACACGCGUUAGUUUUUAUGAUUUGUGGAAUUAGUAACAAUUGGAAAGAAAUCGUCGCCUAUUAUUUAACCCAAAGUACCAUCUCGAGUCUAAAUUUAAAGUUGCUUAUAGUAGAGAUAAUUUCCAAACUUCAAUCCAUCGUUUUAAAAGUUCGAUUAACUGUUUGCGAUCAGGGAAGCACUAAUAGAGGCGCGUUAAAUAUGCUUUCCAGAGAAAAUACUAAUAAGCCCGGGCCUUUUUAUUUUGAAGUCAAUAAUAAACGCGUUUACUUUGCUUACGACGUCCCGCAUUUGUUAAAAAGCACUAGAAACGCCUUACUACGUUGUAAUGUACAAUUUGAUGACCAUAAAUUUGUGAAGUUUGAGCAUAUCAUUAAGACCUUUGUUUUUGACCGCAGUACAAAUUUGUAUCGCAUGUGCCCUAAACUAUCAGACCGUCAUUUCGAUUUUAAAAAUUCGUUUACGAAAAUGAAAGUUUCAUAUGCUGCUCAAACUUUAAGCUACACGGUAUCGAGCGCGAUUUUAAGUUUAGUGAGUGGGGGGGAACAUUUGCCAUCUGAUGCAACCCAUACUGCCGAAUUUGUGCAUUUAAUAAACUCUCUAUUUGAUUCAUUAAAUGGCAUGGGUUUAGAUAGCUCAAAAAGUGUUAAACCCGUUCUUUUAAGUAAUUCUGUUGAUUUUGAUGAAGAAGACAUUGAGAUACCUGAUAUUCAUGAUUUAAGUAAUUACCAAAAUGAGCCGUUACCUGAUACCAGAAAUUUGAGUUUGAAGUUUGCCCUCACUGAAGAUUCAGGACAUUUGGAAUUUUGGUCCGAUUUUUUAAUAAGGUUACAAAAAUUUAAACUAAUUGAAAUUAAGAGUUCAAGGGAUGUAACUAAUCAAUAUAAUUUUUUAAAAGGGUGGGAUGUAACUAUAAGAUCUGUAAUGGCUUUGAGGGGAGAAUUAAAGUUGGAGGGAUUUAAUUCAUUGUCAACGCGGUUUUUAAAUCAAGAUCCAAUUGAAAAUUUAUUUUGCCAAAUACGCCAACAUCGCUUUUUUAAUACAAAUCCCUCUUGUUUUCAAUUUAUAGCUGCUUUAAAAACUGUCAUUAUUAAUAAGUUAAGUAUCCCUUUAAUAAUUAGUAAUAAUAACACCGAAGAUGAUAAGGGUUCAAAUUUAGGGGGUUUUUCAAAAUUUUUGGCUGAAGCACAAAAUUCCGAUAUUGUUUGCAAAUUAAAUAUUUUUGAUUCAGAUUUUGAUAUUCUAGAGGGUUUAAUGAAAAAUGCUUCUGAAUGUCAGGGUACGUCUUAUGUUGCUGGUUAUUUAUUACGGAAGAUUCAGGUACCCCAAUGUCCCUCAUGCCAUAAGUCACUUUUUUCUGAAAAUGUCACUGAAAAACAUGCUUUAAUUUCUUUUAAAGAGUUUAACUCAAAUGUAGCCAAAUUGAUUUAUCCUUCAGACCUUGUUAUUGAGUUUUUUUCCAUGCUGAUGGAGAACGCAUUAGAUCAAUUGACGACAUUUUUCCGGAUGAUUCUGCAAAACGUGUAUGAACAUGAUGGGUCUUACACCCCAUUUCAAUCGGCUGAUGCUUCACCAUUGACAAUUUUAUCUAAAAGUGUCCAGUCACUAGGAUUUAGUUCCACCACUAGUGAUAUGAGUAAAAUUAAUGAUCCACAUUGGGUAACACAGAAGGAUUUUCAUGAUCUCAUACGGGACUGCAAGUUGUCCAAGGAAACCUGUGAAAUCCUAGGUGCGAAAAAAACAGGACACAGGGCGAAGGAAUGCACGGGCAAGAAGAAAUGCCUAAGAUGCAGCAGGGAUGGGCAUAGGACAAGUGAAUGCACUAUUCCCACAGCGACCGGAGCAGCUCAGAAGGCAGAUGAGACGACAAAUGAAAUCCAGGAUUUUCGGCAGCCCCCCGCGUAG